AUGGGUUCCACACAAACAAGUACGUUCGUGGACGGCAAACCGACCAAUAUUGAGACUCGACUAUUUAUUAAUGGAGAAUUUAUUGAGUCGUCGGACAAGCAGACAUUCAGUAUCUACACCCCCUCAAGCCAUGAACUUGUCGCAGAAGUCUACGAAGCUAGUGUCGAUGAUACAAACAGAGCAGUAGCUGUGGCUAAACCAGCACAGCCGGCAUGGGCUGAAUUGUCCCCGACGCAGCGCAGUGCCCCGCUGAAGAAGCUCGCCGCGCUACUGCGUGAGAACACGGAUGAGCUUGCUUAUCUCGAAGCUGUCUCUGCGCACAAAUUUGAAUCAUUUGCCGAAGCUGGAUAUACUGCCAAGGGAGUGUCUAGCUUGAAUACACCCGGGUUCGUGAACAUGACACUUCGGCAGCCUUUUGGUGUCGUAGCAGCCAUUAUCCCAUGGAAUGUCCCUUUGGUUACUCUCGCAGGCAAGGUUGCUCCUGCUCUCAUUACCGGUAAUACUGUUGUUCUUAAGAGCAGUGAAAAGGCUCCUUUGACAUCUCUCAAACUGGCUCAGCUUUCAAUUCAAGCGGGGUUCUCCCCCGGAGUACUAAAUAUACUUUCUGGACAUGGCCAAAUCAGCGGUGCAACCCUAUCUUCGCACAUGGAUGUUCGCGCGAUAUCUUUUACUGGCUCUACCCGAGCUGGAAGUCUGAUUCAGACUGCUGCGGCACAAUCGAACAUGAAGAACGUGAUUUUAGAACUAGGUGGAAAGUCUCCAGCUGUUAUCUUCGAUGAUGCCGAUUUAGAAUCAGCAGCUGCCAAGACUGCAAACAGUAUUCAGUGGAAUAGUGGACAGGUUUGCAUGGCAAACUCGCGAAUUUAUGUCCAAGACACUAUUGCAGAGAAAUUCCUUCAGCUUUUCAACAUAGCCUUUGGGUCAAUUCAACAGGGAAACCCACUCAACCCAAAGACAAACCAUGGCCCAAUGGCAGAUGACGUUCAGUUUGAAGCUGUGAAGAGAUACAUUGCAUCGGGUAAAGAUUCCGGCACGCUCGCCAUGGGUGGUGCUUCAAAGAACGGGUUCGUGGAGCCGACAGUGUUUACGAAUGUCCCACAGGAUGCAAAGAUCAUGAGGGAAGAGAUCUUUGGCCCGGUGGUGAACAUCAGGAUCUUCCAUACCGAGGCGGAGGCACUCGAAAAGGCUAACGACACUGAAUAUGGUCUCUAUGCCGCAGUCUUUACGAAGGAUAUCAACCGGGCGAUGCGGUUUGCGAAGGGGCUGGAGGCGGGAACCGUCGGUGUCAAUUGUACAUCGCCCGUCACUGGCCAUGACUUGUCUUUUGGAGGAUGGAAGUCCAGCGGAGUUGGACGAGAAGGUCUACUUGACAGCAUCAGCGCCUUUUUAGAACAUAAGUCUGUCCUGAUCAAGAUAGAAUAG